CAACAUAAUAGAAGUAUUACUUAUUAUAUGUACAGGUGCUACUAUAUGUAUAAACUUGAUAAAUAUUUGCUGUGAAUACAAUGUCAAUGUGCUCAUUAAUUCUGCUUUUAUAAAUUGGAAGAUGUUGCUAUUUUUAUGACUAAAAUGUAUGUUAUUUACGUAACUAGAUGAAUACAUACAAUAUAUUGAUAUUCUUAGACUGAGUACGGGAUAAAACUAGAAAACAAGGUUCAAAGAAUUUCAAUAAAAAUUCAUUAGACUUCAAAUACAGCAAACAUAGAAGCCUUGAAAUAAAAGAGGUGUUGCUUAUUACACCUACAAUAUUUAUUGUUCUAUCAGUCUUUCACCUUUACACCAGUCAUUCAGACUGUUCACUUUACGCGAAGCGGACUAAUAUAACAAGUCAAAAGUGUUAAAAUAAAAGUGUCACAUUCUGUGGUUUAGCAUGACAACUUGGUUGCCAAGUGACGUAUUUUCUAUAUGCGCGGAGUAUCCAGCGCCGAUAUUAUCAUGUUCUCCGGCUGCGUAUAUGUAUUUGUCUCUAGUUAUGCGAUUGUUUGGUGGAGUUAAUUAUAGCGUAAAUUAUCCCAGACGGAAUCCAUACUCGACUCUUCAAUAUACACAUUCGUCGUCAAUUGAUAAAAAUCCAUUGCGCAAUUCUCUGUCUGAAUAUUAUCCCGGUCCAUAUCUGAACCCGGCUUAUUCCCGAUUAAAUUACAAUUCAUAUCCUCAUGAAACACAUUUUGAUCGCAGUUUUAAUUACAAUCCUUUUCAACCGUGGGACUCGAUUGGUGGAGAGUCAAAAGUAGAAAUAAAAAAAGAAAAGAACAAAGGAAAGGAUGGAGGAAAAUCAAGAAGGAAAAGGAAUGCUAAGGAAUAUGAUUUUAUUAUUGUCGGGGCUGGAUCGGCGGGUUGUGUGUUGGCGAAUAGAUUGUCAGAAGUCAAAAAAUGGAGGGUGCUCUUGUUGGAAGCCGGUCCUGAAGAGCCAGACGUAACGAUGGUGCCUUCAUUAGCGACGAUUCUAAGACAAUCUUCUAUUGACUGGCGGUAUGAAACACAACCCGAACCCUUGACCUGUAGGUCUUAUAGAAGCCGAUCCUGUCCAUGGACCAGAGGUAAAACAAUGGGUGGUUCCAGUGCCAUAAACUAUUUAGUUUACAUGAGAGGUAACAGAUAUGAUUAUGAUAACUGGGCUAAUUUAGGAAACCCUGGCUGGAGUUAUAAUGAGUUGCUGCCUUACUUUAGAAAAUCUGAAAACAACCGUGAUGUUGAAUCUUAUGACAAUUUCCUUCAUGGAGUAGGGGGACCUAUUACUGUGGAGAGAUUUCCAUAUGUUGAUAUCAAUACUGCUAAAUUAGUAGCAGCAUUUCAAGAUAAAGGGCUUCCAUUAAUAGAUUUGACGUCAGAAAAUAACUUAGGUACAAAUAUAGGACUAUCAACUUCCAGAGAUGGGCGAAGGAUGUCUAUAAAUGUGGCUUAUAUCAAGCCCAUACGUGAUGUUAGACCAAACAUUGAUAUAGUGGUCAACGCAUUUGCUACUACGUUAAUAAUAGACCCCCAAACAAAAAUGGUUCUUGGGGUUACAUAUAUAAAGAAUGGUGUUACAUAUAACGUUUUUGCAAAGAAAGAAGUAAUAGUAAGUGCUGGGACAAUAAAUUCUCCAAAAUUACUUAUGCUUUCUGGGAUCGGCCCAAAAGAGCAUUUGCAAAGCUUGAAUAUACCAAUAAUAUCGGAAUUGGCAGUCGGCCAAAAUUUACAAGAUCACACAACCACUGACGGACUAACUAUUGCUUUAUCAAAUAAGACAUCUACCUUAGUGAGUACUGAGACACUCCUUAAUGAAGUACAGAAUUACCACCAACAGGAACCUAAAAAAGAUGGACCUUUGGCGACAACUAAUACUCUUAAUGCCAUUGCUUUUAUCAAAACUAAAUAUGCGACUGUAAAUGCACCAGAUAUACAAUUUCAUUUUGAUGGAAGAAAUGUUGAAGACUUUUACGCAGAUCCUCAAACAUAUUUGGAAACCAACAUUUGGCCUUUAGCUUUUUAUAAUGGUUUAUCAGCAAGACCACUUCUGCUUACCCCCAAAAGUAGGGGAGUUAUUUUACUAAACCAUACUGAUCCUAUCUUUGGCCCACCUUUAAUAUACCCACGCUUUUUCACAGUCAAGGAAGACUUAGAUGCGUUAAUCGAAGGAUUACGUUUUGCUGUAAGUUUAGAGGAAACUGAAACAUUUAAAAGCAUUGGUGCACAUUUUGUUAGAGUUCCUGUUAAGAAUUGUGAAAAUCAUAUUUGGGGUUCUUAUAAUUAUUUUGCGUGUUUACUUAUUGAGUAUACUUCAACAAUUUACCAUCCAGUUGGUACUUGUAAGAUGGGUCCCGCUUGGGACAAAGAUGCUGUUGUUGACUCAAGAUUGCGAGUGUAUGGGGUUAAACGAUUAAGAGUAAUUGACGCAUCCAUAAUGCCAGAAAUAGUUAGAGGGAACACAAAUAUCCCAACUGUUACCAUAGCAGAACGUGCAUCAGAUAUGAUAAAGGAAGAAUAUUUGACAAAGCAACAUUUAUAAGACGGUUAUUAUUUUGUUGGAAUUCGCACUAUUUUUGUUGACAGCUUAAAAGAAAACUUCGGUAUUCUUAAAAAACACUGUAUAAUUUUACUAGACAUAAUUUUCUAUAAAGUUAGUUAGUCCAUUAGUUUUAAUUAAAAUAUUUCCAUUACUUCGUAAGAUCUUGUUAUUAUUAAUAUAUUUUCAUUAAUAAAAUAAUAAACUACACUUAUUAGACAAA